AUGAAAUCUUCUGCAGAACAGGUAAUUCCCUCAUCCUUUUGCCAAAAAAAUUCAUCAACGUCUAGUUUAAUCCGCAAAUCUUUACACCAUUUGAGGUCUGCGAUUAGAGCUUCUUCACCAACCCACCACCACAAUCUCUAUUUCCUUCAAAUCCACUGCUCUUUUUCAUCAUCAUCAAUCGAAGCCACUCCAAAUCAACACUCAUUCACAGUGAAUUACCUCAUAAACUCAUUGGGGUUGAGUAUGUGGUUAUGUGUCUCAUUAUCCAAACAAGUCAAAUUCGAAACUCCACACAAGCCUGACUCAGUCCUCGCACUCCUCGAGAACCACCGAUUCACCAAAACCCAGAUCUCAAAUCUCGUCAUGAAGUUUCCUCGGGUCCUCUUAUGUGAUCCGAAUAAAACCCUUUUGCCCAAACUCGAGUUUUUCAAAUCUAAAGGCAUUUCAAGCACCGAUGUUGCCAAAAUGCUAUCUUCAGCACCAAAGGUUCUGGAUAGAAGCUUGAGAAACCAAAUCAUACCAUCUUUCAAUUUCUGUAGAAAUUUGAUUCAAUCCCAAGACGAAACCAUAUUGGCUAUUAAAUGCUGUUGCUGGCUUCUUUUGCUUGAUCCUGAAGCAUGUGUACCCAAUAUUGAAUUUCUGAGAGAAGUGGGUAUGCCAAAUAAGAAAAAUUUUGUCUUGUUAAGGUACAUAUGUCGAUCUCGAGGUUUCAUGUAUUCUUGCGGCUUUUGGGAAACACCCUGUGUUUAUGACAGUGCCCAAGAACAAGAUCAUGAGAGUGAUGAUUUUUUUGUCAAUAAAAUUGGUUGGGAGUCCUCACUUAUUGCAAGAAAGCCGGUACUGGUGUCACUGAGCUUAGAGAAAAGGAUUGUUCCGAGAUGGGCAGUUUAUGAAGUUUUGUUAUCGAAAGGUUUGAUCAAGAACAACAAUAAUAGCUUUAUAAAUAUGUUGGUAUCUACUGAAAAUGCUUCCUAA